AUGCUUAGUUUUAAAGGAAUAUUGGUUUCAAUAUUCUUAAUUUUAGAAUUAUGUUCACAGUCUGAGGCAAACACUCGACCAAGAUUUAAAACACAAAAUGCAUCAGGAGCAUUUGUUGAUGGUAAUUUGUAUAACCGUUUGACAGUGGAGGGAAUUCUUGAGUCCAUGGAGUUAAAUGCUGAUAUUGGCCAGCUAAAAUGUGAAGAUGCUGAAGAUGAUGAUGCAAAGCUGGUGUACACUGGUAAUGGACAAACAGUUACAGUUGAAUCUGAUGGCUUUGUUGUUUUAAAUCGUAAACUUGAUAAAGAGAAUUCACCUGUUGCAGUAACUGAUUUUUCCUCUCCAUUACGACAAACAUUUAGAUGUACAGAUUCAGGAGGAUUAUUUGCUGAAUAUACAUUGACAAUAACUAUCACAGAUACCAAUGAUAAUGCACCUGUUUUUAGUGGUGCUGCUGCCUUCUCUGACAGGAUAAGAGAGGAUUCUCCUAUUGGUACACAACUUAGUUUAGCUAUCAAUGUAACAGAUAGAGAUCAGGGAGCUAAUGCUGAAGUUGAUGUGACAUGUUAUAUAGGUGAUCCUGUUGAAGCAUUGAGUGUGAAGGCAUGUGAAUAUUUUGGUGUAAGAACUGUACAGAAUGGUCAAGGUCGCUAUGAGUCCAAAAUCUAUUUAAAGAAAAAAGUUGAUUAUGAACAAGAUCGUUCUUAUCUCAUGACACUACUAGCCAAGGAUCGUGGAGUACGUGUUAAUGGUAACCUUACGCAGAAUAACUCAACAGCUAAUAUUAUUAUUGAAGUACUGGAUGCUCAAGACUCUCCACCAGAGUUUAUUAACAUACCAGUCACAGUUUAUGUACAAGAGAACACUCCAAUAAAUACUCCAUUAACAACAUUGAUAAGUGCUCAGGAUCAAGAUGAUGGCUCACCCCGUCCAGUCAAGAUAAAACUUCUCUCAGAUCCACUUGGUUUAUUUAGUAUUGGUGAAACUGCUCAACGAUCUGGUCAGGUGUUUUAUUCUGCUCCAGUUUUAGUUAAAUCUCAAAUAGAUCGUGAAGUGUUGAAUAAUAUUUAUACUUUCACUGUUGAGGCAGUUGAAAUGGAAGGGAAUGUUGAAACCAAUGCUAAAGUUAAUACUACAGUAACAGUCAACAUACAAGAUGUUAAUGAUAACAAACCAGUCUUUACUCCUUCACAAUUCAACGUUAAUUUAACAGAAGUUGAAGCUGACUCGUCUGCCCAGAAUUCUCAGGUUCCUGGUCUAAAUAUACAGGUUACGGAUGCAGAUGAAGCCAGCAAUGCAGAAUAUGAUGUGAGAAUUUCAUCCCAGACAUUUCCCAAUACAUUCAGAGUGUUUCCAGAAGGCAGACUUAUAGGAAGUACUACUCUAAAUUUAGUAAUUGAAAACUCCAGAUAUUUAGAUUAUGAUCAGCCUAAUAAUAGAAUACAUAUUAUAAAAAUUGAAGCUACAGAAGUUUCAGGUGGUAAAGAAACCUCCACAGCAACUGUGACCAUUAACCUGCUAGACUUGAAUGAUAACUUCCCAGUAUUUGAUAAUAAGAUGUAUAAUGUGUCUGUAAGAGAAGACAAACCAGUAGGAAGCUUUCUGAUCAAAAUAACAGCUACAGAUGGUGACCAAGGUAGUAAUGGUAAUAUAUCUUAUUCAUUACGUGGUACUGACCUUGACAUACCACAUACAACCCAUAUAUCACAUCAUACUGGUUUAUAUUCUAGACCACAUACAACUCAUAUAUCACAUCAUACUGGGUUUCGAAUAGAUUCAACAACUGGAGACGUGUAUUUAGAAAAAGCUUUAGAUUUUGAAGAACAGACGGAAUACCCAAUAAUUUUUGUGGCUUCUGACAAUGGAAAGCCGUCAAGAGAGAGUACUACUCAGCUGUCUAUUAGUGUAACAGAUGUGAAUGAUGUCCCGCCACGCUUUCUACAAAAAUCUUAUUCAACCUAUGUUUUCGAGAGAAGUACAUCACUUCAACCUCCUGUCAUAGUUCAAGCAACUGAUCCUGAAAACCCAGCUGGUAGAAUCACCUACAGAAUUGUUGAUGGUAAUAUUGGUAAUGCCUUUAGAGUUGACCCAAAUGAAGGCAACAUAACUCUUACACGUCUGAUAGACUAUGAUGAGACAGUAAACAGAAGUGGAAUAGUGAGACUGGUAGUUCAAGCCUCAGAUAUUGGUGUUAAUGGACAAUCUGGUCUCAGCACUAAUAUAACUGUUACUGUUAACGUACAGGAUGAAAAUAACCAUAUACCAAGAUUUAAUCCACUAAGUUAUAAUGAAACUAUCUCAGAGAUUGAAUCUAUUGGACGAUCAAUUGUUCAAGUUAUUGCCACAGAUUCUGAUUUGGGUUCCAACGGAGAAAUUCGUUAUUCUAUAGAUCGUGGAGGUUUAGAUAAUUUUGAGAUUAAUCCAAUCAGUGGUGUCAUCACAGUUAGUUCAAGAGCCAACUUUGAUUAUGAUGCUGCCAAGGGGUAUUCAGUUGUGAUCUAUGCUACUGAUAGAGGAAGUCCUCCUCAGACAGGCACAGCUACGGUAUUUAUAACUUUGACAGAUGCCAAUAAUAAACCUCCUGUCAUAAAGGAGGAGAAUUAUAACAGAAAUGUUCCCGACAAUGCUCCCAUUGGAACAUUAGUCAUUAAAAUCAAUGCAACUGAUACUGACAGUACUAGUUUAAUACGGUAUUCUCUUCCUACAUCUCUAGUAAGGGCUAAAGAUAAAGGUGGUAAUGACAUAUAUAGUUAUUCACCUUUUGACUAUCGGUAUGCAUUUAUAGUAGAUGAAGUAACAGGUGAAGUGACAACUAAUUUAGAACUGAGUCGAGAUUCUGCAGCUGAAAUAACAUUUACCAUUCGUGCUAAUGAUACUAGAUCUGAAAGUGGAGUACAAACAGCUAAUACCGAAGUUACUGUAACAGUUCUGGGAACAGAUAUAUCAGACAUUGAAUUCAACCCUCCAUGGACCAAAGCACUACCACAAUAUAACUUCAACAUUUUGGAAAGUCGUGAACCUGGUACAAUCAUGACAUUAACGGCACGUGACCCAGCAUGUGGAAAUUGUAUUCUUAGGAACUAUGUUAAAAUAGAUGAAUUUAACAACAAUCAAAUGAAAACAAAUUAUUUCACUGUAAAUAGAACAACCGGUGAAGUUCGACUCAAUGAUUCUACUGAACUAGAUUAUGAAAUUGUCAAUGAGCGUAUGUUUAGAAUCGUAGUAGAGGGUAGAAGUAAUAAUACCCGUGUUGCUACGGCAACUGUAGUUGUUGAAGUUAAUGAUGACAAUGAUAAUAUACCAGAAUUUCUACCAUUUGGUGUGUUUACAGUUGGUGAAACAGAAGCCUACCCUAAAACAGUUGGAACACUUAAGGCUACAGAUAAGGACAGUGGUAGUUUUGGUCUGAUAGAAUAUUCACUUGCUGGACAGAGAGCUUCUGAUUUUUUCAUCUUUAAAGAUUCUGGUUUAAUUAUUGUGGCUCAGAAUACAACUCUAGAUUUUGAGACAAAAAGUGAAUACAAUCUACAAGCUAUCGCAACAGACAACCCACAAUAUAGAUUUACUACAUCUGAGAUUAGGAAACAGACUUCGGUUCCGUUGAAAAUUCAAAUCCUAGACCAAAACGAUAAUGAGCCAGUUUUCCCUGAAAUAAUGGUGAAAGAAUUUUAUACAGUGGAGAGUUAUCCAGUAGGAUCAGAAGUAGGUCAGGUGAAUGCUGAGGAUAGAGAUGGGGGAACUAAUGGAGUAGUUAAUUACUUCCUUACGGCAUCAAAUACUGCAGCAUCACCACAGUAUAACGCUGCCUCAUUAUUCCGUGUCAAUCAUAUAACUGGUAUAAUAACAACCAGAGGAUCAUUACGAGGAGAAUCUGUUCGCAGUCCAUUUCAACUGAGUAUUAUAGCAAGAGAUCUGGGAAAUCCACAGUUAUCUUCGAUGGUUAAUGUAUUGAUACAUGUCAGUAGUGGACAGCUUAAUGAUGGUAGUCCCUUUUUCUCCAGUCCACUUGUUGAUCAAAUUGUUCCUGUUUCUGAAAAUGCAGCACCAGACACAGAUGUGAUUAAAGUUAUAGCCAGAGCCAGAACAAAUGGAGCAAGUAUUGAAUACAGUUUCCUAACCAACUCUAACCCAGAUUACCAGAAGUUUGAUAUAGAUCCCUUUACAGGCAAAAUAACAGUUACUGGUGAUAUAGAUCAUGAACUUACACCAACACUCACAUUAAUUGUACGAGCUACAGAUAAUGUAACUAGAAAUGAAAGUUAUCGUCUGGUCAAUAUCAAAGUUACAGAUGAAAACGAUAAUGAACCAUCUUUUAAACCUGAUCAAAGAUACAAAGCCUGCUUAAACAAACAGUUACCAGUUCCAGUUGAAAUUGAACUUCAAGAACAGUUAGCUAAUGAAACAUUUGUAUAUAGAGUUGUAGCCUGUGAUCCUGAUGCAUAUCCUAGCAAUAGAAUGGAAUAUUUUCCAGAAAUGUCUGACAAUAAUACACAAUGUAAAACAGAAAUGGAGAAGAAUGACUUUAUAGUAGCUAGAAAUGGAAGUAUUUAUACUAAUAAAGUUCUAGAUCGUGAAAUACAGGAAGUGUAUUUAGUAUGUGUAAGAGUACAAGAAGUCAAUACAUCAUCUGGCCGUAAAAAACGUGAAGUGUUUAACUAUGAUAUUAUGCCUAACACCACAAAAGUUGCAUAUGUUGAAGUUAAGUUAACUGAUUUGAAUGACAACAGACCAAUCUUUCCUUUUAGACAAUUACAACAUGUUCUGUUGUCUGUACCAGUGUCAGAAUCUGUACGACAAGUGACAGCUAUUGAUAAGGAUGCAGCACCAUUCAACAGAGUUCGCUACUCUAUUAUUGAUAUACGCUAUUUUGAUAAAGAUGAAAACUUUGCUCUGCCUGGUUCUUUCUUAAUCAAUCCUGACACUGGUAUGAUUUCUGUUGGAUUUCCAUCAUACACAGACUUCUCUGGACGAUAUUUUAAAAUUAAUAUAUUAGCUGAAGACUUUUAUGAUUCAAGAUUGAAUGACACUGCUGUUAUUUAUGUUUACAUCUUUGAUAAAACAAAGAGUUUGAAAUUUGUCUUGGAUGAAACACCAGAUACUGGUAUAAACAAAGCUUCCAGCAUUAUUGAUGAACUAAAUAAAUAUUCCAGUACUUCUGGUAAUGAAUUUAAACUACAACAAAUAUCUUACCAUACUGUUUCUAACGGCAACACAGAUGUCACCAAAACUGAUGUAUGUUUUGUGAUGGUACGAGAUCAGUCCAUAUUAACAGUUCAACAAGGUGAAGAACAAGUUCAAUCUCUUGUAGAUUACCAAAGUGUUUUGAAGAAAUAUAAUGUAAUGGAUACAGGGAGUUGUUACUUAGCAAGUCGCUCUGAAGAUCGUAUCAAUUGGAGAGACCUCUGGUGGGUGCUGGUUGCCGUGGCCAUCUUUAUUUUUAUAUGCUGUAUAAUUUUAAUCAUUGCUAUCAUCAUAUUACACAGAAAUUAUAAAAGAUAUAUGAAUACCAGAAAAACAUAUAUGGUUCCACAAUAAAAGAUCAUCUGUUAGUUUGUCUCAAUAACACUAUUUUCUUUUAUAAAGUGCUUUAUCUUUGGUGAUAAUAGUAGGACAACAAUCUUUCUUAUAAAAAUAGCAAAAAUGCUUUCUGAAAGAAUAGGAAAGUAUUUCUUGUUAAUUGAAUUUGAUUGUUAUUCUAUUGUUCAUCUCUUAUUUGCUCAUUUCCAAGAUCUUUCUGUUAAAGAAUAGAAGAUAGUAAUCCAGGUUCAACAUUUUUUUUUUGUAAACAAUAUUUUAUUAAUAAGAGAAAUGGAUUAGGAAACAGGCUCUCGCCUAUAUUGGUUAGUUAAUUGUAAAUAAGAUUUAGAAUAUAAAAUUUGUAUAUUGUAUAUAUUAUAAAAUUUGUAUAAUAGAGUUUUAACAUUUAUAAAGUUAAAUUUGUAUAUCUAUCUGUAACUUACAUUAAAACUUUUAAGUAAUGGAGGCAGCAAAUCUCUAAAAUGUACAUGUUAACGAUGGCAAUCACAAAAACAUUCCGUCUGACAAUUCAGAUCAUUUGACUUCUUCAUUUUAAGGGCUUCUAAGAUUUUAGAUAUCUCGAAUUUUCACAAGCUAGAUGAUGUACUAAUUCAUGUACAUGUAUUAGUACAAUUCAACAUGAUUCAAAUUCUCUUUUAAUAUUUCAAUUCAUUUUAUAAAUAAGUUUUGAUAUCAUAUAUUUUUAUACUAAAAUAAAACAUAAACAUCAUUUC